AAAAGGAAAUGCAGAAAUGUCGGGGGGAGUGGAUGGCUCGCAAAUGUCGCAGGCUCGUCCCUCCUUAUCCAACCACAGAACUCCUGCUCUGCUCUUCUUCCAUGGAUUCUCUCUCUCCCUCUCUCUCUCCUCCUCCACCUCCUGUGCAAGCCCAACAUCAAGAACUCCUCAGUGAACACCAACAAGAACACUAGACUCGGCUCAUCAAUGGCUUCCGCAACCACCAGACCCACCUUCUCCUUCCACCUCUCCACAAACCCCAGAGUUGUCACCCACCACCACCACCACCACUCCCUCGCCACCCCCUGCACCCCCAGAAAGCUCCACCACCUCGCGGCUAGGCUGAACCCGCCAUCCCAACUCCGCUCCAUCGACGUCUCCAAAGAAGACAAGCCCACCUCCAGCCAAGAGCCGCCCGCCCCGACCACCCCGCCGUCCCCGCCCGCCCUGGAGCAAGAAGGCCCGCCCCCCGACGACCAGGGCUUCGACAAGCGGCGCCUGGAGGAGAAGUUCGCGGUGCUGAACACGGGGAUCUACGAGUGCAGGUCGUGCGGGUACAAGUACGACGAGUCGGUUGGGGACCCAUCGUACCCGAUCCCGCCGGGCAUGCCCUUCGCGCAGAUGCCGGAGGACUGGAGGUGCCCGACGUGCGGGGCGGCCAAGAGCUUCUUCCAGAGCAAGAGCGUCGAGAUCGCCGGGUUCGCGCAGAACCAGCAGUACGGGCUCGGCGGGAACGCCCUCACCUCCGGCCAGAAGGCGGUGCUCAUCUACGGCAGCUUGCUCUUCUUCUUCGUCCUGUUCUUGUCCGGUUACUUCUUGCAAUAAGUUCAAAAAAUUGAAUUCGGGUUGAGCAGUGCCUGCUUUUCUUUCUUUUUUCUCUUGGGUAAGAGAAAUCAUUGUAUGUUUGUGCAAAAUAGAAUUUUAAAAAGAAGUUAAAGUUGUGGAGAAGAGACGCCAAUAAGAGUUGGGCAGUUGUGCUAAUAGCACUGUUAUAUAGCUGUUCGAAGUUAGAGUUAGCUCAACUCUGUAAUAA